GUGUCUGCCCGUCUGUCCAGCCAUGAGCGUGCUCACGUCUGUGCGUCUGUCUGUCCGCACGGGGCUCUGGUGCUGGCCCUGCCUUCCCCCACUCUGCCAGCUGCUGCGAGCCACCCUGCUGAGCCGGCGCCCCCCGGGGGGCAGGGGGAGGUGACACUCAGAGACGCUCCACACCAGAGGCUGCUGAGCCACUCCAUCCAGAGAGAGCGAGAGACCCGGACACUUUGGCAACAGCUCACCUUUGUUUCCGAGAGCUGCCGCCGAAGAGCCCAAAUCCCUGGUGAAGGGCAAGCGCCUGGCUGGGGAACCAUGUCCAACAACAUGGCCAAGAUCGCCGAGGCCCGCAAGACGGUGGAGCAGCUCAAGCUGGAGGUGAACAUCGACCGCAUGAAGGUGUCGAAGGCGGCGGCGGAUUUGCUGGCCUACUGCGAGGCGCACGCCAAAGAGGACCCGCUGGUGACCCCGGUGCCCUCCUCAGAGAACCCCUUCCGCGAAAAGCGGCUCUUCUGCAUCGUGCUGUGAGCCCUGCGGCCAGCGACUCAGCGCACCCCCCUUCCCUCCCCCCGGGCUGCAGCUCCAGAGCGGCACCACUAGCUUUAGCGUA